AUGGCUCCCACUCGCCGCUCCGAGACUGCACCCAGGCGUUCGUCGCGCGUCACCGACAACCAGAAGGCCGCCGAGCGCGCAAAGAAGAAGCAGGACUCGCUCAAGGACAAGGCGGCCAAGGAGGCCGCCGCCGCCGCUCGCGCUGCCGCAAAGGCCGCAAAGGAGACGCAGAAGGUCGUCAAGCGCAAGGUCGUCCGCCCUGCCGCCAAGGCCGUCGCGGCCGCCGCUGGCGUCGACGUCAAGGACAACAAGCCCUCCGCCUCCGCCCCACGCAAGGCGCCGACGAACCGCAACAAGCCCGUCGCCGCUUCGACCAAGAAGACCAAGUCGACCACGACCGCGACCAAGACCAAGAAGCCCGCCGCACCGGCAGCAAAGAAGCCCAAGGCCAAGGUCGAGCCGAGCGGCAAGACCAAGGUCGGCCAGGUCGUGCCCGACGUGACCCUCCGCGACGAGGACGACAAGGAGGUGUCGCUCAAGAGCCUGUACGACGAGGCGCCGCUCGUCAUCUUCUCGUACCCCAAGGCCGACACGCCCGGCUGCACGACCCAGGCCUGCCUGUACCGCGACUCGGUCAAGGAGGGCGCGUUCUCUGCCGUCGGCUACACCGUCCUCGGCCUCUCGCGCGACAAGCCGACGGCGCAGAACAAGCGCUGCCACUGGGUCAUUGAGAAGGGCGGCAAGCUCCUCGAGGCCAAGCACGGCGUCAAGCCCGCCGACGACGCGAAGAACGCGCUCGAGUUCAUCAAGUCGCUCGCAACGGCCAAGACCGAGUAA